UACAAGGACCGCGCUGGGGGAGGGGCGGGGGGAGGGUGACUGAUUUCCUUCCGGCACGUCGCCCGCUCCGGAGGAGGGGGGUGGGGGGUUUCACUUCCGGGACGGUGUUCCGGCCCAUUCCAGCCCAUUUCCACCCCCGGAGCUCUCGCCCCUUCAGUGCCGACGCUAGAGAAAGACUUUUCUCCUGGGGCUUCCUCCUCACUUGGGGAAUUGCUGGAAAGAGCAAACAAAAAGGCGCUGGUGUAGGCUCCAAAAUAAACAUCUGAAUCCGUGAUGGCAUCGACAGAGGCUCUUAAUGGAUUAAAAGUUUCAAAACAAACAGUAACGCUUUGGAAAAAGCAGGGUUGAAUGUCUGCCUGUACUUUCAGGCAUGACCAUGGAGAAAAGUGGGAACAUACAAUUGGAGAUCCCCGACUUCAGCAACUCUGUUCUUAGCCAUCUCAACCAGCUCCGAAUGCAAGGCCGUCUCUGUGAUAUUGUGGUCAAUGUGCAAGGACAAGCUUUUCGGGCUCACAAAGUAGUACUGGCUGCCAGCUCCCCUUAUUUCCGGGAUCACAUGUCCUUGAAUGAGAUGAGUACUGUGUCCAUUUCUGUCAUCAAGAACCCUACUGUUUUUGAGCAACUUCUUUCUUUCUGUUACACAGGGCGGAUAUGCCUGCAACUAGCAGAUAUCAUCAGCUACUUAACAGCUGCUAGUUUUCUGCAGAUGCAGCAUAUUAUAGACAAAUGUACACAGAUCCUAGAGGGCAUUCACUUCAAAAUUAAUGUGGCUGAAGUUGAAGCAGAAUUAAGUCAAACACGGACAAAGCAUCAAGAGAGACCUCCAGAGUCUCACAGAGUUACACCAAAUCUAAACCGCUCACUUAGUCCAAGGCAUAAUGCCUCAAAGGGAAACUGGAGAGGACAGGUCAGUGCCGUGCUGGAUAUCAGAGAGCUCAGUCCCCCUGAGGAGUCCACCAGUCCUCAGAUAAUUGAACAGAGUUCUGAUGUAGAGGGCCGGGAGCCCAUUCUUCGAAUCAACAGAGCAGGACAGUGGUAUGUAGAAACAGGACUAGCAGACCAGGGAGCCCGGAGUGGUGAUGAAGUUAGGGUUCUUGGAGCAGUGCACAUCAAAACUGAAAAUCUGGAAGAGUGGCUUGGGCCAGAGAAUCAGCCUUCUGGAGAAGAUGGGAGUAGUGCAGAGGAAGUCACAGCCAUGGUGAUUGACACCACAGGCCAUGGUUCUAUAGGACAGGAAAGUUACACUUUAGGGUCUUCAGGAGCCAAGGUAGCUCGGCCAACCAGCAGUGAAGUUGACAGAUUUAGUCCCUCCGGCAGUGUUGUUUCCAUGACAGAAAGACACAGAGCCAGAAGUGAGUCUCCUGGGAGAAUGGAUGAGCCUAAGCAACUUAGCUCCCAGGUAGAAGAGUCAGCAAUGAUGGGAGUAAGCGCCUAUGUGGAGUAUCUUCGAGAACAAGAAGUGUCUGAGCGAUGGUUCCGGUAUAAUCCCCGUCUCACCUGCAUCUACUGUGCCAAAUCUUUCAACCAAAAGGGAAGUCUGGACCGCCACAUGCGCCUACACAUGGGAAUCACACCAUUUGUCUGCCGCAUGUGUGGAAAAAAGUAUACCCGGAAAGAUCAGCUGGAAUAUCACAUCCGCAAGCACACAGGCAACAAGCCCUUUCACUGCCAUGUUUGUGGCAAAAGUUUCCCCUUCCAGGCCAUCUUGAAUCAGCACUUUCGAAAAAACCACCCUGGUUGUAUACCCCUGGAAGGGCCUCAUAGCAUUUCUCCUGAGACUACUGUCACAUCUCGGCAAGCUGAAGAAGGGUCACCUUCACACGAAGAAACAGUGGCUCCUGGAGAGUCUGCUCAGGGCUCAGUUUCUACUACUGGGCCAGAUUGAAACAUUGAGGGGGAGGGGGCAAACCCUCUUCCCCUUUGGGCCGUAACCAGCCCCUAUCAGGACCAUGGAUUGGUACUUAGAUUCACAAAAUGCCACGUCACUCAACUAGAAGAUGUUCCCAUGGUUUUGCCAAAUUAGAAGACCAACAUGCGGAAAGCGCUAAAGGCCCUUCUCAUCCCCACCUCACACUUUGGAAAAUAAUCAAGCAAAUCAGCUUCUAAUUCAGGGAUCAACAGCCUUGGUUUGUUAACUUUAUAAGAAAAAAAUGUUUUUAAACAAACUGAUCAAUGAAUCAUUUAUCUACCAAUCAUGAUUGGACCCCGUACUUAGGUCCAUAGCAUCUUGAUGGGUGAAGUCCCAGAUCUAAAAAGAGCAGCAGGAGCUUUGGCCAAGUGAAGCAGCCUAUCAGAAGAGGGAAAGGUAGUCACAAUGGUGAGAAAGGGGAAUCUUUCUUUCCUCUUCCCUGCCAGAGCAUGCAUUUCCAUGUUUAAAGGAGAAAAAUGAAUACUGGUGGUUCUUAAUCAUCUAAAAGGUUAGACUGACUUUAUCUGGUGAGGCAUCUAAUACUCUGCCUAGUUGUUUCCUGUGAUCAGUUCCAGGUAGCUAGCUACCUUGGAGCAGUAUUCCAGCAGGCAGAAGCACCUGAAGCACGAAGGGCCUGGAGAAGUAAAAAGCCCCUAAGCGUUUAUAGUAGACACUCUUGAGAGCUUGGGAAAGAGGAGCAGGGAGGAAGUACUUCUAGGCUUUGCAGAUACUGCACAGCCUGGAGCUGAACUGCAACUUCCUGUUUGGUGUUUGUAAACCGUAGCAUACACCCUUGGGUGUUAUAAAAAUGUUUCUAGUUAUGUGAUUUAACUUGUUAGGCUGACUACCAAAAGUUCAUCUUCUUGAGCUCCUAAGUUUCAUAUAACAGCAAUAUUAUACAUCAAAAUGUCACUUUCCAGUAAAUGAGCCUGGAUUGUAUUUUUAAGUCCAUAGGUCUCCACAUUUGAUAACUUUUAUAUGGGAUUUUUAAACAGUUUUUUUUUCUGCAAUGUUAUAGUGAAGAGAGAUUCAACACUAUUGUUCUUAUUGCAACCACAGUUUAAUUUCCUUCAACAUGUUUUAUACUUCAUAUUUUCAGUCCAAUGAAGAACCUCACUUAAAUCUGUGUCUUGGGUCUGCAAAUCUAUAUAUAAUUCAUAAACCAAUUAGCAAGUUGCUGGUGACUCCAAGAGCUUUGUUUUUUUUGUUUUUUUAAAUAAUACACUACAGGGCACUUCACUUACAAGAAAAUAUCAUGCACAAUCAUGUUGCAAUAAAUGAUCCAGGGAUCAAUUCUUAUCAGGUGUGGUUACACUAUCAUUCCUAAGAUUUUUAAAACUUCAAGGGGCUUUUUUAGUGAUCUUGAGUUUUUCUGAGAUUCUUAAUCCAGCUCUGAAAGAAUUUACCAAACACCCAGAGCUUUAUAUGCUCAUCUUGUGUGCGAGAGAGAGGAGGAAUAUUAAAUGAUACAGGCAAAUGGGUGCCUGCACUGUACCAUGCAAAUAGACAUCUCUAGCUUGAGUAAUUUUAAGAGAAUAUUUAAAUGUGUAAUGGUUUUGGUACAGAGAUGUUGAUGAUUCUAAGAGAUUUGGGAGAUGGGCUGGUCCUACCUGCACUAGUGAGCCAUUUCUGAGAAUGUGAACCUUGUGGACUCCUUCCUUGCGAGCACUCUGUGGUAUGUAAAAAGGUGGGGGAAAGCUGUUUUUUAAUAAGAAACUGGAAUGCAGAGGGUGGCUUUGAGCAAUCUGAGAAUCAGAUAUACUGUAUCACUAGAGAAAGAUUUUCUCUUCUGAAGAAGUAUAGAAAUGCAUCUUUUAAAGGAGUAUAUGGUACUCCACUUGAAGAGCCUGCCCUUAAAAGCAGCAGUGGUGAGUCGUGUCUCAUCUGAUCAUCACAGGCAGGCUUCCUGCUACUUAGUUGGGCACCAGCGUGAUAUAGUAAAAACUGUCCCCUAGAGUCACCUGAGCGAUGACUGUGCUCCAAGGCAUAAAAACAUAGAGCUGAAGUUCUAAGGACACUUUGUAACUUGUGCUCAAGGUCUUCAGUGGACAGAUCUUAGCAUCACUGUCAGGCGGGUAGCUGGGAAGGACAGAACAUGCUGCUUCAGAUGGAUUUUUUUUAAGCCAACCAAAAAUAUAAGUCUACUCUACUUUUGAAAAGUUAAGUUGUAUGCUGAAAGGUUGUUUUCUACAUUAAUAGCUUUUUAGUUUAUAUGUGAGAAAAUUGAACUUUUAACUAUUACCAAAUUCUAAUGGUAAAGUGCAGUAAUUUCUGUAAAAAGAAACUUGGAGCACUUAUCAACACUCCAUCCAAGGUCAGGCACAAGCAGCUUGAAUGGGGUAGAGACUGUCGAAUUCAUGUGGAAAUGUUAGGCAUGCUUGGUGGGUUCCCUUCCAUUUUCACUCAUUUCUAAUAGGGUUUUACUGUACUGAUACUGUGAACAGAGUGCUUCCGGUCCUAUGACCACAUCAGCACAAUCUUCUCUGCUGGUCUCUCCUCUUAACUGGCCUAGCCAGAGCCAUGAAAUUCAUGAGACUUCUAGCCAGGCUACCUUUGAAAUAAGUUAAAGUUUGCAAAAAUAACCUUGUGUUUUAGUUAGAAGUGAUACCUACCGUUCUAAAUAUCCAGGAUUCGUAUCCAGAUUCACUGUGACGUUGUCCUACUUCUUUGCUAACAUCGUUGUAGAGUCAUAAGGGUUAGUAGUAUACUAUGUAUAUUAAUGAAUAUUGGUGUGUACAAGGAGUAUGCUCACGAAGGGUGUACUAAGUGGACUUUAGUUGUUGCUGAAACUUACUACCAAAUCUUGACUUGCACACGUCACCUUGUGAGGGGAACUACAUUAGCAGUGAGAGCUAAGUCAUCAGUAGAUAAUGCAAUGCCAUGAAGUUGCAGUGUUGGGACUGUUACCAUUCAGUGGCAUUUAGCAGCAGAGGAGCUAUCCAGUAUUCUGAGCAAAAACAGAGAGUUGGCCACAUGGUAUCUGUUUUCAUUCUAAAUAGACUUUUUAUUCUCUCUGAAUUCUGAUACUGGCAUAAACUGUGGCAUUCACGUGGCAGUAUCACUGUAUUUUCGCAGAAAGGCUCUUCCUAAUGAAUUCUUCUCUUUUUUACUCAGAACCAUAAUUACCUCUAAACUGAGUUGAAUUUUAUUUUACAUAAAUUCCAAGUUACUCCAUAAUUUCAUGUUUUGUUUAGUUUUUGGAUAUUUGAGACAGGGUCUUGAGAUAUAUAUCUAUGUGAUCACAUAUAUAUAUGUGUGUGUGUGUAUAUAUAUAUAUAUAAUCUCAAGCCCCUUGCUGUCCUGGUCCUCACUAUAUAGCCCAAGAGGGCUUUGACCUCAUAAGUACUGAGAUUACAGGAAUGUACCACCACACUUGGCCCCCAUUCCAUUUUAUUGUGCUAAAGAACUAAAUCUAAUCUUGACUACAUAAAACUGGAUUAGUCUGUGAAGUUCAAAGAAGAAAGAAAGCAGUGAAGAAAAGUUUUCUUGUGCAAAGCAUUUUUGUUUGUUUAUUUCCAGUUUCCCUUCCCAUCAGUGAAAGUUUCCCAAAGACGAUGUGAAGUAAAGGUAGACUGUCCGUCUUCAUCACGGAAAGCCAGCUUCCACUGGAUUUGUCUGGUGGAAGAGUGACGUUUGUAACUUCAUUUUUAGUAGUUGAGUAGUCCUUUGUCCAAGAAAUAGUUUUUACAUAGUCUUACUACUAACUCACACUAGUUUGUUUAUUUUUUCUAACCUGUAUAAAUUACUUUUGUUUAACCAGAAGGUCUAAUUUAAAGAAAUAGAAGCAGUGGAAAGUGGGAAGACUUCAUCGCAGUAGGAAAGCACUUAGGAAGAUUUGAAAUCCUGGGAGAUAUGUAAGCAAGUGUAAUUUAUUUUUUUCUCUUCCAAAUAUGUGCUUUAUCUUAUUAGUAUUCUUAUUUAUUCAAGGAAUAUUGACCAAGUCUUUACUGAGCAGUCUUUGGAAGUGGAGCUUUUUACCUAGGCCACAGUGGAAAAGAAUUUAAGAUGCUAAAAUAUAUUCAUACCUGAGAGUUAGGAAAGGAACAGCAAGCAGUUGCCAGGUAAAUCACUGUGUUUGAGUGUAGCUCUGAGCAGAUCAGAUCCCGAGGGCUUAAAUUAGAGCAGUGUUCAGCGAGCCAUGGUCUUUCCGUGAAAUACAAAGGUACCUGUCCAAACACCUGUGGACUUAGGUAUUGUUUAUGGUUUCUUUAUACAAUAAUGAUAAAAAUGAGUCUAUGGCCAACAAAUCCCAAAAGUACUCAAUGUCUAGAAGGUGUCAGAUGAGGUUUGCCAUCUUCUGGCUUCCUUUCAGAGAUUGACUACAAAUGAUUUUUCCUAACAUUUGACCUUAGGUAGUUUGGUAGAGGCUUUAAUUUCACAGUCUUAUCUGCAUCUGGUACUUAAGAAUGUGUCAUUGUUUUCUAGAUCCUCAUAAGCCCUCUUUGUGUUUCUUGUGCUUGAUUGCCAUUCCAAAGGGUAUUUAGAAUGAAUUAUAAGCCACAAGGAAGCAGGGUUAUGACUUGUUCUUGUUUAAAAGGUUUAAGUAGAUUAAGUUCAGAAUAGUUGUUUGUAACAGAAUAUUUCUUAUUUUAAAAAGAAAUGUUCACUUAUAACUGUGUGGGACUAAAUGUGUACUCUGUUCAAAGCUUUAUGUUUUUAUAAGUAAGUUUUGCCAUUUUUUGAUCUUGCUUUAACUGAUUUGCAUAAUAAUUUAACCUCCCUAGAAUUAAAGGA